AUGGCGUUUAGAGCUACUAAUUUGGUGAAAUCAAUGAUGACGAUGAUGCGGCCAAGAGGAACAACGACAACAUUUGCUACUUGGAGUACCAGCCCAAAAAUGAAGGCUUAUUCCCCUGCAGCUGCUGAUGAUCAUCAUCAUGACUAUACUCACCAAUAUCCCAAACCAAAGCCCGCUGCGGUGAAAGGGGCGUAUGCACCGGUGUACAUAUCACUGGGGUUAAUAAUGAUGUCGGUUAGCAUUGGGGUGUUCACGGCUACACAUCAACUAAGACACUCCCCUAAUGUCUACGUAAAGAAGUCGAAACGGGAGACGGUGCCGGAGCUAGUGGAUCCUGAUGAGGUGGCUCAAGAGUCCGAUGCCUUCAUCAAAAAGUCAUUCUUUAGGAAGAUUGCACAUGUCCAAGAUGCGGAUCGCCAAGAGAUCAUGCCUGAUCCUAUCCGUGGAGAUACAUAUGCCAUGUAACU